AUGGCUUCUGUGUUACUGCCCCAAUUGCGUACAGGAUGGCACGUAGACCAGGCUAUUGUCACGGAGAAUGAACGGCUCGUGGUCAUCCGUUUUGGUAGGAAAGAUGAUAGACAGUGCAUGAUCAUGGACGAACUAUUAUCUUCGAUCGCUGAAAGAGUGAGGAACUUCGCAGCCAUCUACUUAUGUGACAUUGACAAAGUCCCGGACUUUAAUGAGAUGUACGAUCUCACAGACCCCAUGACUGUAAUGUUUUUUUACCAGAACAAGCAUAUGAUGUGCGAUUUUGGUACGGGGAACAACAAUAAGUUGAACUUUACGGUGGAUGACAAACAAGAAAUGAUCGACAUUCUAGAAACUAUAUUUAGAGGAGCCAGGAAGAACAAAGGACUGGUUAUCUCUCCGUUUGAUUACAAUCACAAGCGUGUUUCAUGA